AUGAAGAAAGUUAGAAACUUGAACAAGAGAUUGGAAAGACCGGUUGAGUUGGAUAAAAUCAACAAUGAGACUAGGCUUCAAGAUAUCGAUUGGAUUUGCUCUCUUUCAGAGUCUCAGAUUGAUUUUAUGGUUAGCUUGAAACUGUUGAUCACUAAGCGAGCGGAAAGGAUAGGCUGUAAAAACUUGGCCGACAGAUUUGACCUUAAGACGAUUCGAGCUAUUGCAUUUGUUUUGAUGGAAAAUCUCAAAACAGAGGUAAAAGAAACAUCAUUUGUAAAAUCUGUUGCUUUCUUGGAUGCGUGCAAUAUACUUAAAUGUAGUAAUGAAGUUUCUGCAACUAUUGAAGAGCUUAGUAAAGUUGUUGGUGCUGAUAUACAACCUAUUCUAGUAACAAGUUCGAUGCCAACUUCCAAAAGAAAGAAGCGGAAAGUUGGAAGCAAAGAGUAA